GUGAUAUUUACAACUAUGUCCUCCACGUGUCACCUCGGUGUUCGUUCUCUGAGCCCCUCCACAAGUACGGUCACCAACCGCGUUCACUCAGUCUUCUUCGCCUGUUCGAGAAACAUAACACCUUCCAUGGCCGCUAAGUCCGUCGCAACGCCUCUCUCCGACCACCGCUUCUUGAUAUUCCCAAAUUGCCCCCGCUCUUCUCGUUUCCCCACGCGCUGGCUCUCCUGUUCGUCGUCGAAGCGUGAUGGCGGUCCUGCGUCCGUCGCCGCCGUUGAUUGUUCCCGUGGGUUGGGCCUGACUCGGUGUAACUCGGUCCUCUCAACUCGCCGUCGACUCGUUCCGGCUCGCGCCAUCGACUCGGACUUCCCCCACCCGCUUGGCCUGGCAUCUGAAGAUUUUGGGAAAAGUAAAGCAUACGAAGAAUGGGAUUCAUGGACGGCGAAAUUUUCCGGUGCGGCAAAUCUUCCAUUUCUGAUGCUACAGUUACCGCAGAUUAUCCUCAAUGCCCAGAAUCUUAUGGCGGGAAACAAAGCUGCCCUUUUCGCAGUCCCAUGGCUAGGGAUGCUAACUGGUUUGCUAGGGAACCUCUCGUUGCUGUCGUAUUUUGCCAAGAAGAAAGAGAAGGAAGCAGUUUUGGUUCAGACACUGGGAAUUAUUACAACCUACAUUGUUCUCUCGCAGCUAAGAAUGGCUGAGGCAAUGCCUUUGCCGCAUUUUGUCGCCACUUCUACCGUUGUGACGAUGGGUCUCAUUUUGAACUUUAUGAAUUACUUUGGUAUGCUUAAUGCCACAAUAUGGCAGUUGUGGGAAGACUUUAUCACUAUCGGUGGGGUCUCCGUGCUGCCUCAAAUCAUGUGGUCUACUUUUAUCCCGUAUGUACCAAACAGCAUCGUGCCAGGAGCCAUGGCUUUCGUUAUUGCUGUAGCAGCAGUAACCAUGGCUCGGAUAGGGAAACUCUCAGAGAAAGGUGUUAGGUUUGUUGGAUCAAUUUCUGGAUGGACGGCAACACUCCUUUUCAUGUGGAUGCCCAUAUCCCAGAUGUGGACGAAUUUCCUGAACCCUGACAACAUAAAAGGACUGUCUCCUUACACGAUGGUACUUGCCAUGAUGGGGAAUGGGCUUCUGGUCCCUCGAGCGUUAUUUAUCCGCGAUCUCAUGUGGUUCACUGGCUCGGCAUGGUCAACCCUCUUUUACGGAUACGGCAACAUCCUAUGCCUAUACAUAUUUAACUGUGCGAGCAAGGCGUUCUUCGUGGCGGCUACAAUCAGUUUGGUCUCAUGGAUAGGACUGACUUUGUGGGGAGACGCAGUGGCUUAUGGACACAAAUCCCCAUUUAGAUCCAUGAAAGAGUUGGUUUGGGGAUCAUAACUCAAUAUAUUCAGGCAAAUCCCAGAGAGGAGAGGAAGCUGUAUGCUACUGCUAGGUACAGCAAAGACAAGGGAGGUUGUUGCUGUUGUCACUGUGACAUUUUAUAGUUUCAUAUAAUUUUGUAACGUUGUAGAUGUAAUGAAGAAAAUGGUUCAGUUCAGACAAUGAAAUCAUAAUUUCUUAUGUUA